AUGGGCCUGCGAAAAUGGCUCAAUCGUCCAAUGAGGGGUCACCAUCUUGGUGUCCAGGACCUAACAAGAGGUGAUGAAGGUAUUCCGUUGAACCGACGGCGGAAAUGGGCGCUUCAAACCAUCGAUCAGGCUCCUUUCCAGAUUUGGGUCGUCGUGGUUGCGGGCAUAGGCUUCUUGACAGACUCCUUUGGACUCUUUGCUCUUAAUGUCGUCACCCCUAUGCUGGGUUAUGUGUAUUGGCCUGAGAACAAGGACUACGACGGCGUCCCGACAGUCCCCCAAGGCAUCAAGACCGGCAUGAUGUGUGCAACCCUUGCCGGUACUAUGUUGGGACAGAUCGCUUUCGGAUUUGCCGCCGACAUCCUCGGAAGGCGAAAGAUGUAUGGCUUGGAGCUUGUUAUUGUCAUUGUUGGAACGAUGCUCAUGAUUAUGAGCUCCAACGGUGAGAAGAACAGCAUGGCCGUUGGAGGAUGGCUCGUUGCAUGGAGAGCAAUCAUGGGUAUUGGCAUUGGAGCGGACUACCCUCUGUCAGCAGUCAUCACCGCCGAGUUUGCACCUCGGAGAUUCAGGGCUAGAAUGAUGUCUUGGGUCUUUUUCGCACAGCCUAUUGGCCAACUCCUCGCCAAUGUCCUAUCUCUCGCAGCUGUCGAGGGCUUCAAAUCCCGAAUCACCAACACAGCAAUAUCAUGCCCUCUAGAAGACCCGGAGUGUUUCCGGGCAAUCGACCGAUUAUGGAGGCUAGUCAUAGGCCUCGGGAUGAUUCCCGCUGUUUUUGCUCUUGCGUUCCGGUUCACCAUUCCGGAAAGUCCCCGCUACAAGCUGGAUGUCCUUCGUAACGUCCAGGACACGUUCCAAGAUACCAAAGACUAUUUUGAUGCUCCAGAGCUCGACGCCGAAGGUGGGGAGGUUAUCAUGCUGUAUACUGAGCCCAAGUCGCCUGGCGUUCCCGAACCCCAACACGGGGUUUCCCGUCAGUCAACCAGUUCCUCGGAGAUCGCUCCAGACGAGGUCGUUGAAAGCGAUGGCGAAAGCGACCAUCGGCGGAGCGAUGGUCAUGGUCUCGCUGCCCCGCAGGUCCAAUAUCCUCCCGGGGAUCCUAACUUUGUCCCUCCACUCGCCUCGUGGGAAGACGCCAAACUAUUCUUCAUCAAGGAGAAGAACUGGAUCUACCUCCUCGGCACAUCCCUAUCAUGGCUAUUCCUCGACUUCGCUUUUUAUGGACUGGGUUUGUCGUCUCCAGAGAUUGUCCGUCAUAUCUGGCACGACCCGGAUGACCCGAGAGAAAAUGUCUUCUCGUCGCUAAAAGAGAACAGUCUGAAUACGUUGAUCAUGGUCUCCGUUGGCGCAGUCCUCGGAGGGGCUGUCAUGAUCAAGGUCAUCAGGUACGCUUCCCCGAAGGUCAUCCAGUUUUGGGGUUUCCUUGUGCUCUUUGUCUUGUUCAUUGUAACGGGGAGCGCCUGGACCAAACUUCUGGAUAACAGCCGUUCGGGCCUCAUUGUCCUCUAUGUUCUCUGCCACAUUGCCUUCAAUCUGGGACCAAACGUCACGACCUUCAUUAUACCCGCGGAAAUCUUCCCAACCCGGUACCGCUGCACAUGUCAUGGUAUCGCCGCUGCUGCCGGAAAGCUCGGUUCGUGGCUUGUACAGAUCUUCCUCGCCUUCGCUUUCAAGGGGCAAGGAGAGGAGAAGAAAUCGGACUGGGAGCGGAAAAACUUUGGCCACAUCCUUCAGGUCAUGAGUGCUUUCAUGAUCGCUGGAGCGGCCACGACCUAUUUCCUUGUGCCCGAAACACGAGAUCGCGAUAAUAAGAGCAGGACGUUGGAGGUAUUAGCGGGCGGCAGAGUGGUAUUGGAAGAGCUGAAUACGCAACGGAGGAGAGAGGAUGAAGAGGAGUUGUAAUAAGCUUGGGGAGUAGUAUUCCAUGUUGUAUUUGUAUAUUGUGCGGUACCUGUUUAUUAAGCGAAGUAUAAAG